AGCUCCGAAGGGUUAAAGCGCUGGGAAGGUGAUAAUAACUCUAUGCUGAGAUCGGGUGCAACUGGCAUUUGCCUGCACAUGACCUGCCAAGCUCCGGGUGACAGGAACCUGGGCUCCUAAUGAGUUUCCCACAGUCUGGGAUCUGAACGUCGCUGCUGCUGCUGCUCUCUCCUCCCUGGGGCUGCCUGUUACAGCUGCCGCAGGCUGCCCGGCUCCUCUCCAUCCUCCCCGAGGUCUCUGAUGGAAGCGGUGUACAACAGCAUGGCCCUCGAGAGGCUGGGGGAAGCUCUACGCAGCAUCUCCCCCUUGCAAGGCUCCCUGCUGCUCCUCCUUUCCCUGCUCGCCGCCAUCCACCUGGGCAAGCUCCUCCUGCAGCGGCGGCGGCAGGACCAGCGCCAGGCGCCGCCGGGCCCCUUCCCUUGGCCGCUGAUCGGCAACGCGGCCCAGCUGGGCAGCGCGCCGCACCUCUCCUUCGCCCGCCUAGCCAGCACCUACGGCGCCGUCUUCCAGCUGCGCCUGGGGCGCUGGCCCGUGGUGGUGCUGAACGGGGAGCGCGCCAUCCGGCAGGCGCUCGUCCGCCAGGGGGCCGCCUUCGCGGGCCGCCCGCCCUUCCCCUCCUUCCAGCUGGUGUCGGGCGGGCGCAGCCUGGCCUUCGGCGGCUACUCGGAGCUGUGGAAGCUGCACCGGCGGGCGGCGCACGCCACGGUGCGCGCCUUCUCCACGGGCAGCCCAGCCACGCGCCGCCUGCUCGAGCGGCACCUGGUGGGCGAGGCGCGGGCGCUGGUGGCGCUGCUGGUGCGCGGCAGCGCCGGCGGCGCCUUCCUCGACCCCUCGCGCGUCCUGGUGGUGGCCGUGGCCAACGUGAUGAGCGCGCUGUGCUUCGGCCGCCGCUACAGCCACGGCGACGGCGAGUUCCUGCGGCUCGUGGGGCGCAACGAGCAGUUCGGGCGCGCCGUGGGCGCCGGCAGCCUGGUGGACGCGCUGCCCUGGCUCCAGCGCUUCCCCAGCCCCGUGCGCGCCGCCUACCGCGCCUUCCGCGACCUCAACCGCGACUUCUACGGCUUCGUGCGCGGCAAGUUCCUGCAGCACCAGCGCAGCCUGCGCCCGGGGGCCGCUCCCCGCGACAUGAUGGACGCCUUCAUCCGCCUCCAGCGGGAGCAGCCGCGGCUGCAGCUCGAGCACGUGCCCGCCACCGUCACCGACAUCUUCGGCGCCAGCCAGGACACCCUCUCCACCGCCCUGCAGUGGCUCCUCAUCUUCCUGAUCAGGUAUCCAAAAGUGCAGGCUAAAAUGCAAGAAGAAGUGGAUAGGAUUGUUGGAAGAGACCGUCUGCCAUGUGCUGAAGAUCAACCUCAUUUGCACUACAUCAUGGCUUUCUUGUAUGAAUCCAUGCGUUUCAGUAGCUUUGUGCCUGUUACUAUCCCACAUGCCACCACAACCAACACCUUUGUAAUGGGCUACCUCAUUCCCAAAGACACAGUGAUAUUUAUUAAUCAGUGGUCAGUGAAUCAUGAUCCAGCAAAGUGGUCUAACCCAGGGGAUUUUGACCCAACAAGAUUCCUAGAUGAGAAUGGAUUCAUUAACAAAGAUCUUACUAGUAGCGUGAUGAUAUUCUCAUUGGGAAAACGUCGAUGUAUUGGAGAGGAGUUAUCAAAGAUGCAGUUGUUCCUCUUUACCUCCAUCCUGGUGCAUCAGUGCAAUUUUACUGCUAAUCCAAAUGAGGACCCUAAAAUGGACUUUACUUAUGGGUUGACGAUUAAACCUAAGCCAUUUACUGUGAAUGUCACACUUAGAGAUACAAUGGAUUUGCUUGAUAAGGCUGUCCAAAGACUGCAAGCAGAGAAAACAGCCAGUGAAAAUCACCCGUCAGCAAAUACCUAAGCACAGAAUCUUGCAUCUAAAAAUAUUCCCUCUAUCUUUUUAGACUUACAAAAGUUAUAGUUUGUUCUGGUGAUCUUUUGGGAAAGUAGACAACAUAACAAGAUACAAGAGCAGGAAGGAAAACUGUGCAAGUCAUAAUUCAGUCUUUUUUAGUUCUAGAGGCAGAGCCAAGAGAAGCAUUUACUAUAUUAAAUGAUAAAACAUAUGCAAAAGUAUGCAAUUUGAAAGUAAGCUUUUUCUAUUCUAGUGUGUUGAUAGAAUUUGUAAUUGUAAAGCAAUUUUUUGUCUACUGACUAGUUAAAGCAUCUCCAGGAACUGUUUGUACAAUCCUUUCUGUGUCUCUAUGCUCUGUGCCUUAUUUCUAAGCUCGCCUUCAGUGAUUCCACAUUCCAAAGCGAAAUCUCAUAUUCCUCCAAAAAAUAACCCCAGACCCCACAGUCAGAACAUUGUAGCCUUCCUCUGAGUUCACUCUUUUGGAAACUGCCAUAGGCAUAUGGCAGGUCCUGUGUUGUGACGCUCGGGUGUACAUUAAUGCCUCCAUAAAAAAAAAAAACUUUAAAAUAUUUUUGAUAAAAUGCCAAUGUAAAGCCUUGCCUUUAACAUUCCAGAGUGUUUACACAUAUGACUAAAAAAAGAGAGAUUUGCUUAUGAGCACAACUUUUUUAAAUAAAAUUCAUAUUUUAUAUGAGAAUAAACACAGCAACCUAAUCCAGUCAUUUUCAAUACAUUUUGAAAGGAAAGAUCAGAAUUGGUGUGUCACCACUUUUCUCCAGUAAAGACAUACCUCCCCACCCCUAGACACAUAGUAAGUCCAGUUAAAAUUCAAAUGGGCCAGAAUUUGCAGAAGUGAGAAUCUGGAGGGGGGUUAUAUUGAAACUUCUGUGCCACAUGCUUCAAACAAUGCACACAGCAAAAACAACUCUGUUCACUAAUCAUUCUGUUAGACUGAGUUAAAAGGUGUAGCCAAACAUUGAUUGUGUACUUUUUGUAUGAUUUGUUUAUAACAAGGUCACAGAACAAAAACUAACAUUACAUACCCUGAUUAAUGUACUGGUUAACUAAAUGAAAAUGUACUUUUAAAACUUCUGUGAGGUAAAGGACAUCAAGUUAAAAAAUAAAACUAUUAUUUUAAAGUAAAAUAAGCACAUGAAACUUUAUGGCCUUAAAUCUCCAGCUAAUGUUUGUGCACACAAAGCAGCAUAUAUUUCUCUAAAGUGUGAACCCUCAUAUGUACAUAUCUGAUUUUGAAAACUGUUGGACAUUUCUGAGGAGCUACAGAUCAUCCUCAGUUAUGUGUGAAACCUGUGAGAAAUAUGAGUACCUCACAUGUGGCUUGCUGUGCUCAUCUUCGUACAAAAUAAGGGUUUACAGACCUAGAAAAUAAGGAUACAAUCCUACAACCUAAAGUAGCUCUGUUGAGACCUAAGCAAGUAAGAUUUGCAGGACCAGGUCUUGUGAUAUGUAGCCAGGCAUAAUCAUGUUGACAGUAGUGACCAAACUUAUACUGACAUUGAUAGGAGCUAGAUGAGCAACACAAUCUCAAACUUCUUGAAAUAAAUAGAAACUUCGUUGCUGAUUUCAGUAAGAACCUGAAUCAAAUCUAAAAGUACCCCUGCGUAACCCCACUAGUAGUAAUGUACUUAUUUAACAUCCCUGACUUCACAUGUCAUCUGUUCUCUUUUUUCAAAGCUAAAAAAACUUUGUUACCUACACAAGGAGUAACCUCAGGUGUUCUUCUGAAUUACAUACAAAUCUGUGAUAUCCCAGAACUUAGCCUAUACCUGUGAAAAGCUUUAUAAGAUAUACAGCAUUUUCAUAUAGAGAUCUACAUUAGAUCAAAUACUAGCAAAACAUUGUACCUUUUUAAGUAUCAUUAUUGAAAAGAAUAUAAAGAAUAUAACCUACAACUGAAUAGUUAUUCUAACUCAAGGACCACAUUUUUUUUUAUAUUUCAGUAAAAAAAGGCUUUUGCAAUUUUGUACUCUCCUUAAAGCUUUAAGUAUGCAUUGGUUACUAGUGCAAUUUUCAUUCACACUGCUGAUGUGGUUUUGUUGAUGUAUGAUGCCUAUCAGUGGGUCUCACACACUACACAGCUGCUUGUGAAAUGCCUCAUAUAAUCUGUAAAGUUAUUGAAAUUUGUUCAGUGAGAUAACUUUUGUGAUUGUUUUGAGAUGAAUCAUUGUGUUAUCAAAAUACUAAAUAAAAUUAUUCUUGUACUGCC